UACCAGGCGAUCGACAUCUUUGAUGAGUUCGAGUAUGAGGCGCUCCGUCGUCAAGCCAAGAAGAAUGGGCACAUCACCAAGCUUGGCAAGGCUGGAGUAAAGCUCUUUCCUACUCACAACCGUGUUAUAUUCCGUAUCAGGAUGGCCAGCAAGCUUCAACGCGUUGUUGACACCAUCAAGGUCCUUGUGGAUGAAAUGAACGUCUUUGGGUUCAACAGGCCUCAACACCAGCAGGCACCAGCACUGAAGGAGGGGCGUGAGACGGAUUCCAAUAUCGUUGAUCCUAAAAAUAUUGUUAGCCGAUCUAGGCAUGAGGAAAGGAAGAAAAUUGUUGAGAUAUUGGUCAACGAUCAAGCUACCAAUGGUGAUCUCAAGGUUCUUCCCAUCGUUGGAAUGGGAGGUUUGGGCAAGACCACCCUCGCUCAGCUCAUCUACAACGAUCCUCAAGUCAAGGAUCAUUUUCAGCUACUAAAGUGGGUGUGUGUGUCAGAUGAUUUCAAUCUGCGUAAUGUUGCCAACAAAAUUUGCAACGCUUCGGAGGGUUCCCUUGAAGAGGCACUGAAGGAGCUUCAGGAACAGCUUAAGGGAAAGAGGUACCUUCUUGUAUUGGAUGACGUAUGGGAUGAGGAGAGCUUCUUGGACAACUGGGAAAAGUUCAAGACCUGUCUUGAACAAGGUGGUGUCGGUAGUGCCGUACUGACAACGACCCGUAACACAGAAAUAGCUCAAUUAAUGGGUACAAUUGGGAUCUCACACGAAAGGAAAUACCUUGAUGUCGGAACUUUGGGCAAGGAAUUCAUACAGGAAAUUAUUGAAACAAGAGCAUUCAGUUUGCAUAAGCGAGAUGAUGAGCUUGUAAACCUGGUUGGUCCGAUUGCAGACAGAUGUGCUGGGUCGCCAUUGGCAGCCAAAGCUCUAGGGUCUAUAUUGCGUAAGAAGACCACUACGGAAGAAUGGGAGGAUGUGCUACAGAGAAGCAACAUAUGCACUGUUGAGACUGGAAUUUUGCCUAUACUUAAGCUUAGCUACGAUGAGUUGCCAACUGACAUGAAGCCAUGCUUUGCUUUUUGUGCUCUGUAUCCAAAGGAUUAUCCAAUUGAUGUGGACAACCUUAUCCAACUAUGGAUGGCUAAUGGUUUUAUCGUCUCAGAACAAAACAAGGUACCAAUUGAAACCGUGGGUAAACGGAUUGUCAACGAGAUGGUUUCAAGGUCAUUGUUCGAGUAUGUGGAGCAAGAUCCAACAAAGUUCGGUUAUAGUUCUACAACUUUUUUGAAGAUCCAUGACCUUAUGCACGAUGUUGCAGUGUCUGCUACAGAAGACGAGUGUAUAUAUGUAACUCGUGAAAUGGAUGAAAGUGGUAAAUUACUUCCAAGUGCUACCCGCCAUAUACAUUUUGAAACAUGGGAGGAAGUUACAGUGUAUGCCUCCGGAGCUUGGACGACUCACCUCUCUUCGAACACUUACAUGUUUUGUAGUGAGCAGUGACUCGGAUUGUAGUAGUCUUGGAGAGCUAAAAAAUUUGAACAUUGGUGGUUCACUAGAGCUAAAGCAGCUCGAAAAUGUGACAGAAGCAAGAAAUGCAAGACAAGCAAAUCUUGGAAAUAAGAAGGAACUGAGACAGCUGUCAUUAAGG